AUGCAAUCCCCAUCAAUUACUCCCGGAAGCUCAGUUCAUAGUUCUGAAUUUAGUUUGGCCAACGUCAGCACAGUACUAGCGACGCCUGGUCAGAUCUCUCAUACAAGAUUAAACACUCUUCAAAAUCAUAAGACCUUUCGUCUUCUCGAUGAAAUCAACAAACUUCGCACAUAUCACCCCAACAUUGCGCUGCGUUGUGCAGAUACCCCGCCACAUCCUCACCUCCUUGUUUACGGUGAAUGCCAAUUGGGGAAAAGAGCAGUCCUUGAAGCCAUAACAGAAAUAUCAUUUCCAGAGAACGAUGUGAAAUUCCCAAUACAUAUUGUUUUCAACCGCGGACAAGAGGCAAAGCUCUCAGUAGAAAUUAUUCCUGUCGACAGUCAUCCCGAGGAUGAAAAGCUCAGAAUCGCAAAGUUCAAGAAAUAUUUAGAUUCUGAGAGUUUCAGAGACCUUCCUUCCUUGAUCGAGUCGGCGGAUGAAUACAUAGUUAUAGAUCCUGAGGGCGUUAGCGGUGAUGUUCUUCGCAUUGUUCUCACUGAUCCUAAUGGACCUGAACUCUCAAUAAUCAACCUUCCUUUGUCGAAAACGGCCUACAAGGACAACGAAUACAUACACAAAAUCACGUCUGACCCAGGAACUACCAUUCUCGCCGUAGUCACUGCCAAGGGCGAUGAUACAACACCCAAGUCUGCUCUCAGAUUUGCAAGAGAGAUGAACCCAGACGAUACACGCAUUCUAGGGGUCAUCACAUUAAACCCGGACGUGCUCGAAUGUGGUGUGGAGCGGAGUGUUAUCAAAUUAGCAAAAAAUGAGGAUGAGUACCUUGAACUAGGUUGGCAUGUCCUUAUGAACGGAAAGGAACGAAACUUGAAUUUCGAGGAUCGAUGCCUUCAGGAAAACUCGUUCUUCGAAACACAUACCUGGGAAGAAGUUCCACGGAGCAUAUUGGGUAUCUCAAGUCUGCGUUCAAAACUAAGCUCACUGAUGUUUGGCCACAUCAAAGCCGCCUCGUCUGAUAUUUACGAGAAAGGAGUUGGUGCACUUGAGGAUUGUGAAACUCAGCUCCGGAAUAUGGGGAAGCGGCGAUCGACUAUAGCUGAGCAACGGGAAUUCUUGUCUACGGUUAGCGAUGAUUUUGGACACUUAUGUAGGGCCGCCCUCUGCGGAGUAUACACAGACGACUUUUUCAGGGAUGGAGCAAGCAUUGAAAGAAAGCUCAAACGACUACGUGCGGUUAUUCAAGAUUUAAACGCUUCAUUUGCUAAAGAGAUGAAGUCACGAGGACAUCUAAAGCAGAUAUUAUCAGAUCAAACGGAACAUGGAUCCGGAUUGCAGCACGGGGGGCAGAAGGGGCUAGGAUUCCCAGAAACUAUCACUCGGAAAGAAGCUGCCUCAUGGGUAAAGACUUUUUUAUUUGAUAGUCGUAGUCGCAACCUUCCAGGAACUUACAGCCUCCUCAUUGUCAGCGAGCUUCUCAAAGAACAAUCCAAACCAUGGGAGGCUUUAGCUCAAAGCCACCUCGAUAAAACGUGGAAAGUUUGCCGCAAAUUUCUGCAAGUCUUAUUCCAACACAUCAUAUCAAAAACCGAAAUUGUUGAUUUAGUAUUCUCACACCUGAUUGACGAACAAAUGCGUGCAAGAUUUGUUCACGCUAGUGAUGAACUAAAAAGGUUACUCGCCGAGAGAUCAUUACAUGUACACAUGAUUACUUCGAAUAAUGAAUUUCUAGAAAGGAGGAACGCUAUUUUAAGUAAAAAAAUAGAGAAGGAUUGCAAACUCGCCAUUCAAGCCAGCGAACCUUUUGGCUGGGCCAACGGACCGGUUACCUUGGAGCCAGACAAGUUUUGUGCUACACUUACUUCAUUAAUCUCAGAGGACUUGGGUUAUAAUAUCGAUAAUGGUAAUGAUUAUGAUGGGAUUUUGGAUGAAAUGAGUGCCUUUUACCAGGUUUCCUUGAAUGUAUUCAUACAUAAUGUAACCGUCCAAGUGAUCGAGCGUCACCUACUCGACAAGCUCUGGGAAAUUCUCUCACAAUCCACUGUAGCACGCAUUCCAGAAAGCCUAGUUGCCGAUAUUGCAGCAGAGUCGAUAGACGACCGGUACCAGAGAAAUCGGUUAGAAGUAAGGAAGAAUGGCCUUCAAACAUCCCUUGAAGCCUGUAGAGAUGCGUUGUGUGGUAGUAGAAGCACAUACAUUACCGUCGGUAAACCUCAGAACUACUUUACAUCCUUUAUCGGUUCUGAGGAUCUUGCGUCUCUCCUCGAAGACUUGCCCACUCAAGACGUGACUGCACUUGAGAACCCUUCGGGGGUAGAACCUGUUGGGACUGGAAUUUCCGCUACACCAAAUGAUGUAUCUAAGGGGGUGAAAUUUGCUGGAGAAACGUCCCAAAGUCCAAUUGUACCAGGAGGAGCAAACCUCGCAGCGGCUGGCACCAAACCAGCCAUCAAUCCUGGUGGGGGUCUAUUCACCAGUGCCUCUUCCACAGCGUCUUCCAGCAAUCCUAACCAGACCUCAUCAAUUGGCACCAAACCAGCCAUCAAUCCUAAUGGGGGCCUAUUCACCAGUACCUCUUCCCCAGCACCUUCCAGCAAUCCUAACCAGACCUCAUCAAUUUUCACCAAACCAGCCAUCAAUACUAAUGGGGGUCUAUUCACCAGUACCUCUUCCCCAGCACCUUCCAGCAAUCCUAACCAGACCUCAUCAAUUUUCACCAAACCAGCCAUCAAUACUAAUGGGGGUCUAUUCACCAGUACCUCUUCCCCAGCACCUUCCGGCAACCCUAACCAGGCCGCAUCGAUUGGCAGUAGCGCGUCUCGUAACACGUCUACUUCACCUAUCGCACCCGGUUUUAGUAAACCAAGUAAACCAAGUACCGACUGCAUAGUUACUAACAAGUCCUAA